AUGGAACGUUCAGUCCUUGAACGUCUUGAUUUUGGGAAGAUGGGAUUCGGGUGCAAGCAUUACAGAAGAAGAUGCAGGAUUCGAGCUCCAUGUUGCAAUGAGGUCUAUUCUUGCCGUCAUUGUCAUAACGAGGCAACGAGCAUGCUGAAUAAACCUUUUGAUCAUCACGAACUCGUUCGCCAGGAUGUUGUACAUGUUGUUUGUUCAGUUUGUGACACAGAGCAGCCAGUUGCCCAGGUUUGUACAAACUGUGGUGUCAGAAUGGGAGAAUAUUUCUGCAGCAUCUGCAAAUUCUUCGAUGAUGAUACCGGGAAACUACAGUUUCAUUGUGAUGAAUGUGGGAUAUGCAGAGUUGGUGGUCGUGAGAAUUUUUUCCACUGCAAUAAGUGUGGGUCUUGCUAUUCAACUAGUCUUCGUGAUAAUCAUUUGUGUGUGGAGAACUCCAUGAGGCAUCAUUGUCCCAUUUGUUAUGAGUACCUCUUCGACUCAUUGAAAGACACUGCUGUUAUGAAAUGUGGUCACACAAUGCAUUCUGAAUGUUACCAUGAGAUGAUAAAGCGUGACAAUUAUUGUUGCCCCAUAUGCUCCAAGUCGGUAAUUGACAUGUCUAGGACAUGGAAGAGAAUUGAUGAAGAGAUUGAAGCAACUCUUAUGCCCGAUGACUAUCGGCACAGAAAGGUUUGGAUACUCUGUAAUGACUGCAAUGACACAACUGAAGUUUACUUUCACAUUAUUGGGCAUAAAUGUGGUCACUGCAACUCAUAUAAUACUCGUGCUAUAGCUCCUCCUGUUCUUCCUCGAUGA